GUGUCUCCAAGAGUUACCAAGAUUUGGACGGGCCCAGGGCAGAUCUCCGACCCCCUGACCCUUCAUCAGGAAUGCUUCUCCCUCCAUUCCCCCUGCUGAAAUCCUGCCCAUCUAACAAAGUGCAACUCGAGGGCUUGGGCUUUACGAAGCCUUCUUGGAACCUCCCCCACGUGCUCUUCUGCAUUACACAUGUGUGGGCCUUGUCCGUGCUCUUCCUCCUGGACUCUUUGUUUACUGAAUGCCAUGGACCAGGUCUCCUCUCCCUUUGUAUCUCCACCAAAAACCAGUGCCUGGCGCCAUUUUGUUCAUGGCAGCGGCAUUCAAGUAUUGAAUGAAAAAAGGAAUGAACGUCCGUGGGGAGCUUAAAAUCAGAGGGAGACCCAGCAGUCUAAUCAGUGAAGACAUUUUAUUUGGAACAGUAGCAAGGACAGAAAGGGUAAAAGAGUUACCCGAGUUUGGUGGAUCGGAGAAAAUGGAGUCGUGAAGGAGGGGGAGAGAGUCCCGGAAAGAAAGGGGGAGUAGAAAGGGAAGGCGCCACCAGGCAGAAGUGAAAGAGCUGCGGGAGAGUUGGGAGGCAAGACAAUUGGCUGGGCCCUGGAGGAAAAUAGCUCCUGUUAUCGUAGUAUCAGUGAAAGUCGGAGAAAUGACCUUCCCGGUGCUUCCAUGGCUGGUAGAGGAGGGACAGAGAGCCCGGGUCUGGCUGCCGCAGGCGGAGGCCUGGCUCGAGCCUGAGUCAGAGCCUUCCUCCCAGGGCAGAAACAUUACUUUCCUGUACCACCCCUGCGCCCACCCCUGGCUGAAACUCCAGUUUGCCCGUCUGGCCCGUGGCUGUGUACCCCGCCCCCAACUGAUCCCUCAUCCGGGCCUCACUCAGCAACGGCCUCUGGUCCUGGUUGCCUGGGGGACAUCGCUUGAGAUGGCCCGAGCAGAGCCAGCCUGGGCAGCCCAGUGGCUGAAGAGGAGGAGAAGGGGGAAAAGGAGAGCUUGGCCCCUCCCUUCCAGUGCCCCCUGGCUUCACUGGGCAGAGCUCACCCUAGGCAAGGGACGCCUGUGCCCAGGAGGGAGUGUGCAGGCCCUGGCCACAGCCUUUGCCCUGCGGAGCUGGCGCCCCCCGGGGGCAGGGAUUAAGUCCUGGGGUUCGGAGCACGUUCUUGGAGCCAAGAGGAGGGAGCUUCGAGCCGCCCUUGGUUCCCUGUCCGCAGCCCCUGCUCCCGGGGCCCCUGCGCACUCUUCAGGGCCCCGCGGGCCCCUCACACACAGCCCGGGGGAGGCCGGGGAUAGCCCCGGGAUGGCCAGUCCUGGGAGAGGGGGAGAGAGCAAUGACUCCCGGGCCGCCCACGGAAGCCCCGGGGGUUGCGUCUGUCCGGGGCAGCCCUCCCCGGCCCCCCGGGCAGCCCCUUCCCGGCCGGCCCGGGCUCCCACCCCGCGCACGGAGGAGGCUGCGUGGGCAGCCACGGCCCUGACUUUCCUGCUGGUGCUUCUCACGCUGGCCACGCUCUGCACGCGGCUGCACCGGAACUUCCGUCGAGGGGAGAGUAUCUACUGGGGGCCGCCGGCGGACAGCCAGGACACGGUGGCAGCCGUGCUGAAGCGGAGACUGCUGGCCGCCGGCCCCCGAAGACCCAAGCGCUCCCGUCGGAGACCCCUCCUCCCGCCGGGCCCCGACCCGGAAGGAGGCGGCCUGGGCCCGGACCGCGGGAGCAGUGACAGUGACAGCUCCUCGGCCUGAAGGCAGGCGGCCCCGCCGCCGGGGAGGGGGGCGGGGCGGGGCGGGGGGCGGCCCCAAGCCGGCUCCUCCCCGCCGGGGGUCACCCUGCCACGUGGACGGCGCCGGGCUGGAGCCUCGGCUGGACUGUGGGCACGGCGCGGGCCCCUCCCCGGGCGGGGCCGCUCCCUGGACUAAGAAUUAAAUUAUUUUAGUAGA